ACGCCAAGCAGAGGAGUUGGUGAAAUUAUUACGGCUACCUUUCUUGAGGUGCGCUGGACCAAGAAUCCCACAUCGCAAUAUUUGUUUGUUGAUGAAGUGAUUUUCAGAGGGACAUGCAGGCCAUCGUGAUAAUCAUCGUUUGACAACCGCUCUUUAUUGUUCUCGUGCACGCAUACAAGAGGAAGCUUUGUUUCUGAAGAAAAGUCUUGUUCUCUGUCGCCACAAACCGUCCCCCCAAACUUACUACACAUUUAAUCCUUGAACCUGUCGCUUUAAGGCUAAACAAACACUUUUGACUUCUACCGCCAUGGCAUCACCAGAAGCUGAGGCUCUGCUCGAAGACUUCCGAGAAGCGCUUGAAGGAUUACAGAUUAAUAGUCGAUAUGAAAUCCAGAACUUGACUCAGAUAGCCAGAGAAAGUACAGAGCACGCCCUGGACAUCUCACAGGCUCUGCAAGACCAUAUCAAGAAGGCCGCACCACAUAAGAAACUUCCAGCGCUAUACGUGCUGGAUUCAAUAUCCAAGAAUGUUGGCACUCCAUACACGUUGUUCUUCGCCAAAAGGCUCUACACAACCUUUUGGGAGUCAUAUGCUGUGGCCGAUGGGCCCACACGCCGUAAAAUGCACGAGAUGUUUAAGACAUGGAAGGAACCCAUACCUGGCUCCAUUGACAGACGGCCUGUGUUUCCACCUGAAGUUACGCAGCCCAUCGAAAAUGCUCUGAUCAGGGCGACGGCGUCAGGCAAUGAGCAAGUGAGAAGACUUGCUCAUGGACAAGGUCGGCCGGCGCCUCAACAAGGAGUCCCCUACCGAGAUACUUCGACACCACCAGCCGUGCGCCCUUCUACUCAGAUGAACGGUUAUCCUGGAAACCCGACACCUAUACCGAUCAUGAAUGGAUCACCUUAUGGCCUACCAGCACAACCGGCUCCUGCUCAAUACCCCUAUCAGAACCAACACAUCCCUUCCACAUCUACACCGCAGCCACCGUCAACUGUGAGUGCCUUUCAGCCGCCAUCGUAUGGAGGUUAUGGCAUCCAGCCGCAACCCCUGAUCAGUGUAGAUGCUCUGAAAGAUGACAUACAAAACCUCAUAUCCGCUUUCAGGGCUGAAUUUGCACGGAACCCUGGAGAUCCUAGUAUACAGACUAAGCUCAAGGCGCUCUUGGAUUUGCAAGGCAUACUUCAAGCACAUAACCUGCCACAAGAGCAGUUAAUGGCUAUAAAGAAUCAAAUUGCUGGCCUCGCCGUGACAGUAAGGGCUACACCUGCCCAAACUCCUACUCCUGUACCUGUACCACAAUCUGUAGCAGUAGCCCCUCCCCCUGCACCAGCCCCAGUGUCUAUAGAUUCUCUUCUAGGGUCAGGCGCUCUGGCUGCGCUGUUGGCGCGGAGUUCUGCCACACCUCAAGUCCCUACGCCGCAACCGCCUCCUGCGGCGGUUGUCAUCAGGUCGCCGCCCACCCGGCACGUCGAGCCACAACCACCCGUUGUUGCCACGACACCUAAUCCCAUGGCACUAAUGGAGAUGCUACGAAAAGCCGGCGUGCUCCCAGCGGCAAUGCCUGCAAGUAACGCGACACCGGUGCCCAACAUAAAACCAAGCUUGCCACUAUCUUUUCCACCCCCUAUUCCUACUGGGCCUCCGUCAUUGGAGAACUUGACAAGAGACAUAGAUUUGAAGCCCUCGUCACUAAAGCAGCACCGACCCCAUUUGGUUCCGCUCAUGUUUGAGGCACUUGGCUCCCAGUGCACACAUUGCGGGAGGCGAUUCACUCCGGACGAAGAAGGCAAGAAGAAGAAAACAGCACAUAUGGAUUGGCACUUUAGAGUCAAUCAACGGAUAGCUGAUGCUGAAAAGAGUGGACAGCACAGGAGCUGGUUUGUCGAUGAAGCAGACUGGAUCAACAGCCGGGAGACUAUUGACGAAGAUCGCGCCACCAAUAUUGACUCCAGCAGCGCGCAGAAUGCAUCUUCAAAGGCCCCCAAAAUGCAGUACAUCCCCGUUCCUAGUGAUCCAGCUCUGAAGAAUAGUAUCUGCCCCAUCUGUCAAGAAAACUUCAAGCAGAUCUAUCUCGACGAUGCUGGGGAUUGGGUGUGGGAAGACGCUAUACAAGUUGAAGGGCGGAUUUACCAUGCCAGUUGCCACCAGGAAGUGACCGGCGGUCUUGCACAGACUGCAACUGUUUAUCGGAGUACCCCCGAGCCGGUGCUCGGCAAGAGGAAAGCUGAAGAUGAACUAGCAGGUCUACGUGGAAAAAUGAAGUUGGAAGCUGCUUGAAAGGAUAGAUGGAUGCCUUGAGCUUGGAAACCAGGUCUAAAUAAACUAUGGGAGAGCGAGAUAGAAGAUUUAUCUGGUUCAACACGGCUGGAGGCUAAUUGCAUGAGGACUAUCCAGUUU